AAUCGGUUUAGUUGGCAAUUUAAUUGAAAACCAACCCAAGCCCAUGCCAAGUCUUGCCCUCCACCCUAACAUCGAGAGCUUGGUGUGUGGUUUUGGAGGAAGUUGAUCACAUCAGUUGGGUCCUCUAGUUUCUAGAGGAGUUGUAUAAAUAUGGAGAUUUCUCCCUAAGGCGGCGAGCAGACACAUUUGGUGGAAUUGGAUUCAUCGACGGCGUUUCUCCCUGUGGUCGAGAAUGGAGAAGCCGAAGACCAAUAUUAUCAACAAAAGUUACGAGCUUCCACCCGAUAUUCUUCAGCAAAUCUUCUCCAAAAUCCCCUUCUUCAAUUUACCCACUUGCAGGCUCGUCUCUAGAACAUGGAACAACCUCAUUUCAUCUUGUAAGUUCGAUCCUUCAACCUCCAUUUACCAUCUCUUCUUUGCCCGUUUUUAUUCCUCUCGUCAUCGCAAUCUCCAUUGUGUGGAAUUCGAUCCUCAACAUGUGGAAGGAAUGAGUAUUGUUGCCUCAUUCGCUUUUCACCCUGAUUUUUGCUCCGCUUCUUCUAGAAUCACAAUUAUUAAUUCCUGUUCCGGACUCAUUUCUCUUCUUAUCACUAAAAGAAGAAGGCGAGGACAAAGACGUGACGUUGUUUGUGUAUUGAAUCCCAUUACUAAUGAGUACUUCAAACAUCCCAACUUGAGAUUGAAAGGAGAUAAGGUUCCAAACUACUGUUAUGGACUAGGGUUUAGUCCUAAAACAAAUCAGUACAAAUUAGCAAGAACCCACUUUGCACAUAAUGAAUUUAUUGUUGACAUUUUUGCAUUUGGUACAAGUUGUGAAUGGACCCCUAUUGGCUCAGUGCCUAAUUUUCUCAAUGAAUAUCAUGGUGUUUACUUCAAUGGAGGUCUCUAUUGGGUUGGAAGUCAGAAGCAGCUUCCUAACGGUGGAUUAAGUGAUUAUACUGGAGUUGUUUACCGUUUGGAUUUAAAUGAUGAGAAAUUUAAAAAAAUUUCUAUUCCCUUUGGGGGUGAUGAACCUUACGUUGGAGUCUAUAAUGGAACCCUGUAUCUAACUCUUUGUUGCGAGGAUUUCGAUUACCAUGUGUGGAAGAUGAAAGAAGAUUUUUCGUGGAGCAAGGAGUUCGUUCUUGCUUUGCCAGAAAAUAUCCUUCAUUCUCUCCAUCGUCAUCACCCUAUAGGAUAUUAUCUCCAACUCGUUAAAUUUUGUGAAGAUGGGAGCAUUUUGUGUCUUUGUGCUGGAAUCCUGUUAAUAGUGUAUGACCCCAAGACUCAGCAGAUGGAGAUAUUGACCGAUCAAGAUUUUGAAAUCAAGGAAGGCAUGUGGUUUCAUCAGAUUGAGUCCUUCAGUUUCAAUUCUCUUCACAACACUUUGACAGGGAAGUGUUGAAUGAAUGAUUUUUGUUUUGUUUUUUGGAAUGAGUAUUUAUAUAUGGCACUUUCUUUGGUAGUUUUGAACCUUUGAAUUUUAUCUUUUUUUCUCUCCA